GGUCGAGACUAAGAGCAAUUAUGUUUUGGAGGGAUAGAGGAACCACAGCAACAUCAAGAAGCAGCACCAGUAGUUUUAGUAGUAGCAGAGACAACAGCAGCAGAGAGCACAAUGGCGGGCCGCCUUAUGGCCAAGUUCGAGUUCUUAUCAUUGGAGAUUCAGGUGUGGGGAAAAGUUCUCUUGCUCAUCUGAUUGUCAGAGGUUCUUCCAUAACUCGCCCUUCCCAAACAAUCGGCUGUUCUGUUGAAGUCACGCAUAUAACUUACAGAUCAUCUGGCAGCUCAUCAAAUAACAUUGAAGGUGACAAGGAGAGGGAUUUUUUUGUUGAGCUUUGGGAUAUAUCAGGACAUGAAAGAUACAAAGACUGUCGUUCUCUAUUCUAUUCACAAAUCAAUGGUGUUAUUUUUGUUCAUGAUCUCUCACAGAGAAGAACAAAGUCAAGCUUACAGAAGUGGGCUGCAGAGAUUGCAGCAACUGGGACAUUUUCGGCCCCUCUUGCAUCGGGAGGGCCUGGAGGCCUCCCAGUUCCUUACAUUGUUAUUGGGAACAAAGCAGAUAUUGCUGCGAAAGAAGGAAUAAGAGGUAGCAGUGGCAAUCUUGUAGAUGCAGCACGCCAAUGGGUUGAGAAGCAGGGUUUGCUUCCUUCAAGUGAGGAACUCCCACUGACUGAGAGUUUCCCAGGAUCUGGUGGCCUUGUAGCA